AUCAAUAUCGGUAAACAUCUGCGAGUGCGCAUUGUUAGAAGAUGAAAAGUCAGAAUUUCUGUGUGAUAAUUUCAAUAUUCUGUGUCGCAAAGUGAGUUGACCUGGAAGCCAUUUUGUCAGUCCUAUAACUAAAACUGCUGGAGAUACAUAUUUUGAAAGGUUUCAACACAGCUUUUGAAAGAUGAAUGCCUCUUCAUCUGGAAUAUGGGAUAUUCCACCUCCACCUGGAACUGAAGAUGAAGAAACAAUUCCAGGUAUCAUCAAAGAGGAACCUAUCAGUCCUAGAGCAAUAGAUCGUAUUGAUCCUUAUGUCAAGAAUCCACAUUACUUGGAAUACGAGAAAAAAUCGAGCAGAAACAGAGGAAAAUCUAGAAGUAAAUCGCAUGACAGAUAUGAAAAACGUCGUCGUUCUAAAUCUAGAAGCAGAAGUAAAUCUAAGUACCGUUCUCGUAGAUCAAGAUCAAGGUCUCAUCGUAGAAGGAAACAUAGUAGAUCAAGAAGCAGAUCUCAUUCUAGGAGUAAACCAAAACAUAGUAGAAGAGAUAAAGAUAGAAGAACUAGGCGGUACUCACGUUCACGAAAUUCUUCUCGCUCUAGACAUUCUUCACGUUCUAGAUAUUCCUCACGCUCUAGGUACUCUAAGUCGAGAUCCAGGUCUAGAAGUCAGUCUAAAUUAUAUAAGUCGCACAGAUCAAACAGACACAGAAGGAAUAGUAAAGAACACUCAGAUUAUGAGGAAAAACCUAUGAUAGAUGAUAAUUAUGAAUUAAUUGAUGCUAAAGUUGAACCUGAGGAUGAAGAAGAAGAAUCUGAGCCUAUCAAGGAUAACGCAUUCAAAAAUGACGGAUCUUUUCUAGAGAUGUUCAAAAAAAUGCAGGAAGAAAAACAAGCACAAGAAGAAGCUCAGAAAGCUGAGGCUGAAAAACAAAAAUUACUACCUGCAGUAGGAAAACGAAGAGGGGGUCGUGUGUUAAAAACAGGAAUGGUUCAGAAAUCAAGGCCUCAAGAUAGUGAGGAUACUGUUCAUGAUCCUUGGUCUGUGUAUAUGAAAGAAGUUAAGAAAUAUAAAGAAGCCUGUUGUGAUGAUGACUCUAAAACAAGAUUAUUAGUGAAAUAAUUUGGUGUUCCACUUUUGAUAAUUUACUCUUAAGGAUUUUUUGAAGGUGAAAAUGUCUACCCAAAAGGUUGAACUAAAAACAGCCCCCUUCGACCCCAGGUUCCCAAAUACCAACCAGACCCGUUACUGCUACCAAAGCUAUUUGGACUUCCAUCGAUGCCAAAAAAUCAGGGGCGAAAGCUAUGAACCAUGUCAAUAUUUCAACAGAGUGUUUCAUUCAAUUUGCCCCAAUAGUUGGGUUGAAAAAUGGGAUUCUCAACGUGAAGAGGGAACCUUUCCUGGAAACAUUUAAAUUUUGUCACUUUAAUAGUUUAUGUAGUUUCUUACAGUGUAAAAAGUUUAUGUUAUAAUAAUGGAUUAAAAAUUAUGGUACGAUAAGCUCUAUAUAUUUAUAGAUGGUGCUUGUCAAAAAUAAAGUUGUUUUAUUGAAA